CAACCGUUCUUCAGUGCAGCUACUGUAAACCGCCGCUGUUGCACGUCCUCAAGUAUGGAGUCCUGCUUUCUGAUUUUCGCGUUUUUCUUCGCUUUCAGUCUUGCCAGUGGAGAGAGGACACUCAAAUUUGUCACUGUGUGUUAAUGAGAGAAGGAGAGAAACCGGAGCAGCUACUUUGAACAGAUCAGUCCCAAGCCGGGGAUGCAAGCUCAGGAGAAGCUCACAGAGUGUGGUUGUGCAUGAUACACAUUCAGGCAAAGAUCGUUUCUGUAAAAGACAAGAGAUAAAGAUAAGAAGAUUGAGACAGAAUCUGCAAACCCAGUUAGAAUGUGUUUGACUACUGUGUGGGCUGUGUCAGAGUGCCAGUAUGACCACAAGAUGGAUUUGCUGAUCUCUGCAGUUAGAUGGUGUAGACACUGACAUCUCCAAUACUCAUGAAAUAUUCAACUUGCUUUCUGACAGCUGUAUCGUCAUGGCGACAGAUCUCCAAUCAAAGCCUAUCCAACUGAUCCCUACCAGGAGAGCAACUGGCCCCAGGGGUUUGGACAACUUUCUCAGAGUUCUGGCCACCACUCACUUGCAUUGUAUGGACCAACAGAGCUGAGAUAUUGCUCUAAAAAUCUUUGUGUUUUACAGAAGAAAGAAAGUCAUACACGUCUGGGAUGGCAUGAGGGAGGGAAUGAGGCAGCACUUUGAACUGGGCCACUUUUUAAGAAAACGAUACACAGGAUUCCUGAGUGAGGACUAUGAGCGGCAUGAGGUAUUUAUACGAAGUACAGAUGUUGACCGGACUCUGAUGAGUGCAGAGGUUAACCUGGCUGGCCUGUUCCCUCCUAACGGUACGGAAGUUUUUCAGCCAGAUCUGAAAUGGCAUCCGAUACCUGUUCACACUGUCCCCGAGGAUAAAGAGAUGCUGCUCUCAUUCCCGCUGGAAAACUGUCCACGUUACAGACAGCUCAUGAACGAGACUGAAAAAUCAGACAUAUUUCUAAACAUGACCGACACCUACAAGGAUUUUAUUGAGAUGGUGCGAAAUAAAACAGGACUUAAGGCCGCCUCCAUAGAGACUGUUUGGAGUGUCCAUGACACAUUGUUCUGUGAGGCAAAACAUGGGAUGCAGCCACCUCCCUGGGUGACUCCAGAUGUGAUGGAGAUGCUGAGGGUGUUAAAGGACUUUGCCUUUCAGAUCAUGUUUGGAGUCUAUAAGAGAAAAGAGAAGUGCAGACUUCAGGGAGCACAUCUACUCGCACUUACAGGCCUGCUGUUAGAACAGAUCAUUAAGAAUCUCUCAACUGCUGCUGCUUCAGACUCUAAACAGGAAUUGAAGAUGAUUGUAUACUCCGCUCAUGACACAACGGUUGUAGCUCUGCAGGAAGCUCUGAAUGUCUUUAAUGGACUGCAGCCACCCUAUGCUUCCUGUCAUCUAAUUGAACUUUACCAGGAGGAGAAUGGGUCAUUUUCAGUGGAGAUGUUUUAUCGCAAUGACAGCUCUGUGCCGGAGCCGUAUGCUGUGUCAUUACCGGGUUGUUCUCAGCGCUGCCUCCUACAGGACUUUUUAAACCUCACACAUGAAGUCAUACCACAAGACUGGACACGAGAGUGCCAGAUCAGCAAAGAAGCCACCGACACUGAGAUCAUCAUUGGACUGGCUGUGUGUGGCUGCCUACUCUUCCUUCUGUUAUCACUGCUGUUUGUAGUGCUAUGUCGUCGGAGAGAGCCGUUGGCUGGCUAUAGUCAUGUAAUAAAUGAGAGUGACUCCUGACAAUCAUACCAGCUCCUCCGAAAAGAGGAAACCUGGGACAGUGAAGAGGACCUGUGAGGACACAACCUCAACAUAUCAGAAACUCUAAGCCAACACAGACUGUCUCCACUACCUUUGGCCUAAACUUUUAUUUAUAAAUUGGGGGAGACGUGGCAGUUUUAUUACCCUUUUUGUUUUAGUACCUGGAAGUGUUUAGAGAGAGCAAAGGGAAUCAAAAUGUAUGAUUGUUUCAAUAGCAUUAACAGCAUUGAGUGACUUCAUUUGUGUUAUUAGUUUUGAAUCUUUAUUGUGUUGUUUACAAAUUUUCAAGGAGGGCGGAGCUACAACUUUUACUGUAAAUCUCAGAAUAAUCCUGAGAAGGGGACCAGAUUAAAGCUGCUCUUUCAGAGGUGUCUGUCCUCUCUGAAAUGCAAGUACUACUAGUGUCCCCUGUUUGAGCUCCUGGUCCAUUAGUAAAAGUAUUCUUAUGAGAGGAUUGUACUUGAUACAUUUGCCUGAUUCAGGUCGUGCAAUGAAAGUGUCUUAGAUUUUGAAUGUUCACAAAAUAGGCUUACUGGAUAAACAUCAAAGCCUUAUCACACUUAUUUUAUUCAUUGAAUAAACCAUGUUCAUGCUUUUAAUGUGAUAAUCUCGUUUUAACAAAAUGUCACAAAAUAGAUUGAUUUGUAAAUUUCAGAAUAACAGCUUGCUCAUUUGGUGUCUUCUCAACAACUCAGAGCAGAUAUAUGGGGGUAAUUGUUUAAAUCUUUUGCUGUGUGUUCAUGUUUUGUCCUUAACACACCUGACUUUAUUACAUUUGUGAAGGAUGUGGUCAAUAAUUAUUUUCCAGGUGCAUAAAAUGUAAUACAAAAUUCUUAUCAGAUUGGUAAACACGGUAAAAGGAAUUUGGAAAUAAAUAUUCCAACACAGUUUUUCGACUUGAUUGACAUUACAGUUUAAUUUGGCAUUUUAAAUGAUUGCCUUUUGUCUGUGUUCAGAUGUUCACUCGAGUAGAAACCUGAUUCAGAAACUAAAUUCUGUUUUGUUUGCAUCAUCUGAUAGAUUUUAUUCUCUGUUUAGUUAAAUGUAUUAUCAUUCAAAAUGUGAGUUGAUGCUGAUUUUAUAGGUAACAACUUCAAUGCUCAGAUUCCAGUGUGUAUUUGAAUGAUUUUAAAUUUUUUAAAUUAUGCAGUAAAUGGCAAAAAUAUGCCCUCAUAAUGUAAAAAUGCCCUUGAAAAUCAAUUCUGGGGGCAAAUAUUGCCCCUUAAUAAAACAGUUCAUUUCUGA